AUGCUGUCCUCGCCUAUCAACUUUCCGAAAUGGAUUGAGGAGAACAAGCAUUUGCUAAAGCCUCCAGUUGGAAACAAAUGUAUCUUUAAAGGGGAUAACAUGCUCACGAUGGUCGUCGGAGGUCCCAAUUCAAGAGUCGACUUUCACAUCAACACGACGGAAGAAUGGUUCUAUCAAUAUCAAGGGGCCAUGACGCUCAAAGUUGUGGAUGAAGGCAAGAUGAGGGAUAUCAUCAUUGGGGAAGGAGAGAUGUUCUUAUUACCUGCCAACACCCCUCAUUCACCCCGCCGAACAGCCAACACCAUUGGCGUAGUGAUCGAGCUCAUCCGACCGGAGACUGAAAUCGACACGAUGAGAUGGUACUGCCCGUCCUCAUCUCACUCAUCCACAGACCUCGUGGUCAUCAAAGAAUCGACAUUUCACUGUAAAGACAUCGAAGUUCAGAUCAAAAGUGCCAUAGAGGAGUGGGUGGGGGAUGAAGAAGGGAGAAGGUGUAAGAAAUGUGGUGAGGUGGCUCCGGCGAGACCGUGA